CAUCUUUCGAGUACCUAUUGAAUUGUUAGCCCAUAUUGACACAAUUAUCUAAUGCUUUAUUUAAUUAUUUUGGUAGCGAGUAGGAAGGAAGAAACGGGUUUCGUUCAACUUCCACUCAGUCGGAUGGCCCAACUGGAUUAGACUGAUUGGGUCAUCGCAAAAUGUGAAGUUCUGGCUCAGCAUAAGCUCCAUUGUCUAUAGUGGCAGCUCUAGAACCUCCAUCGUAAAAAAUAAAAAUAAAAAAAUCUCCACUUUCCCUUUCCCAUGGAGGACAACGAGUGGGAGACAAUUCAAGCAUCCAGUUCCGCCACUCAAUCGGAUGAAGACGUCGGCGAUGCGGUGGUGGUGGCCAAACCAACCAAUUUCCACGAUUCCUCGGGUGUUGCUCCAAGCAAUCACGAGGGGUUACUCGUUUUCACUCAACCACCACAAGAUGACUACCUCCAUGAACCAGUUCUGGAAACGCCCUCGCCACGAUCGUCGUAUUCGUCGUCAUCAAACCCUUCUUCCACUGAGAUAGUCGAGGGUGAGUUGCCACAGCCACCCGAAACGAGAAGCACGCAACUAAAGGCCAGUUUCAGGAUUUUGAGCUCAUGGGUUUUGAGGAUUGCUUACGGGAUCCGUGACAGAAUUGGAUUUUGGUCAAUUGCGUCGGUGACGGCUUUUGCGUCUGUGAUGGUGUACGGAAUGCAAUGGCAACGCCGGCGGAUGUUAGCGGCGAAAGAGAGUAAGGAUCAGCUGAAGCUUCUCAUAAAUCAGAAAGAUGAGAAAAUAAAACAACUUCUUCUCCAAAUUGAUCGAAUGAAUGAAGCCCUAUCAGCUAGAAGAAAAGUCCGAGGGCAAACUGGAAGCCAACUUGACACUUUCAUAUUGAUUGAAUGAAUGAAGCCUACUCAUCAGCUCAACAAAGGGUGGUUGUUGACAUUGCAAAGUACAUAUUUAAAAGAAGCAUAAUAAUGCUAAUAGUUGCAUAUGGUUUAUAGCACGUAUAUGUCCUUGAGCUUUUGCAUAUUGACUGUUAUGUUUGUGUUCUAUGUAAUCUAAGUUGUGGAUUUGUGUAAUGUUUGUAAAUCUCCUUUUAUUUGUAUACAUGUAUAUGUUGUAUGUACAAGUUUACUAGAGUAAGGAAUUACAGUGUUUAUUUGGUAUCAAUGAACAUGCAUAGGAAGUUAGGCUCAGUUUAUAAAUAUUAAUAACUGUGGAAGAUAUUUCUCAUGCAUUAAAAGUGAAAAUGUCGAAC